AUGGAUGCAGAUGGUGAACGAAAUGUGGAACUUCCACAAAAGAAAUUUUUUCGGCAAAGGGCUCAUUCGAAUCCAAUGUCAGAUCACGACCUUGUUUAUCCAUUAAGUCCAGACUUAAUGGAUUGGUCGCCCUAUUAUGGAACAUUAGCAGAAAAAAGCCGAAUCAGUUUUCUUGAUAUUGGCUGCGGUUAUGGUGGUCUGUUAUUUAAAUUGUCUGAUAUCUAUCAUUCAGAAUUAAUCCUUGGUUUGGAAAUAAGAGUUAAAGUAUGUGAUUUUGUGCAAGAAAAAAUAAGAGCAAUGAGAUUAAAACAUCCUGGCAAAUACAACAAUAUCGCAUGUUUAAGAACCAAUGCAAUGAAGUAUUUGCCUAAUUUCAUUUUCUGCCAUCAGCUGUCAAAAAUGUUUUUUUUGUUUCCUGAUCCUCAUUUUAAGAAAGCAAAAUAUAAACGGCGAAUAAUUUCAACAGAGUUGCUCGCUAUCUAUUCAUAUCUUUUGAAACCUGACGGCUUAAUAUAUACGAUAACUGAUGUAGAAAAUCUUCAUAUAUGGAUGGUUAAACACAUAUCAGAACAUCCACUUUUCGAGAAGCUUAAUGAAAGUGAAAUGAUGAAUGAUCCUAUUGUAAAACUGCUAUAUGAUAGCACUGAAGAAGGCCAAAAGGUUACAAGAAAUAAGGGAAAGAAGUGGGCUGCAGUUUACCGAAAAAGACCUGAUCCAGACUGGUUAUAA